UUCAUAAGAUUCAAGUGCCGAACUUUCAGAUCGCUACGUUCAUUUACAUUGAGGUUCAGUUUAGCGGCGGAUGCCCGCGCAGAAAUGUUGAGAGAUGUCAUCCAGUUAGUGAAUUCCUCGUCGGAAUUUAAGCGUUUCCAGUGUUCGUUGGCAGUUGUUGGAAACUCAGGAGAAGAGUUGAUUCGCCGGAGCGAAAUUAAGCUCUUUUGCAAGGAUGAACCAACAGUUUUUUCCGUGCGACUAGCCGAGCAGCUUGACGACGGUCAGCUUGCAGCGGUAUAUUUCGCUCAAGUUACGCAGAACUCAUUCGCAUCAGUAAAGAAGCGUUUUCAAGGAUCUAUGAUGGAAUUCAUUAAUCACGUGUCGAGCCUCUUGGAAUCUUGUGCGGGAGAAUCGUCUGCGAGGAUACUGAAACUUACGCAGCAGUCCGGUUUGUUGCAUCUAGAAGUGACGGAUUUGGGAACUUUCAGACCAGUUUCAUUGAUCUCGUUACCUUGCUCUCGAGCGUCAGUGGCAGAGGCUCUUGAAGCUCUUCUUCAUGAUCUAGAUAAGAUUCACGUUCUAAGUCGAAAUUCCGUGUGUUUGACUGGGGAUUGUUCUGUGAUACAGUGGAGGAUUCGGGCUCAAUGUCAACGAGAUGAAAAGCUGGAUGAGGACAUUUUAUCCAAGCGUGGCCGGUACGAAGAGGAAAUGAAAAAUCUACGCUACACUGAAGACAAACUGCGUAAAACGGUUCAGGAACAUCAGGCUGAAAAGAAUCGUAGAGAAAUGGAAGAGAAGGAGAAGUCGGAUGAAAAGCGUCGGCGAGAGUAUAAGAAGCGGAAACACUUGCUACGUCAAGAAGAAUCGCGCCUAGAGAAGUGCAAGACUUCGGAGGCCGCUCUGAACCGUAAAGCGGAGAUGGUUGCUUUAGAAAGGGCGGAGCUGGAAGACCAAGUCCGUAGCUCAUUGCGUGAGCGGACGGAUCUUGCCGAAGAAGGUAGGAAGCGUGGUCUAGAGGAAACCGAAGUUGUGAAGGAGGAGAUUAAAAAUUUGCAGCGCCAAAUCGACGCCGACAAGAAAGUGUUGUCUGACCUCGAGGAUCAAAUCGAAGAUUUGGAAAAUAAGUGCGCGCAAUUGAAGCAAGUUCUGAGCAGAACUGCUUCUCAGGAGUCUGCGGCAGCUGAACUGUUGCAAAAACGAACGACCACUGUCAAAAAACUUGGGAUUGACUUGCUAAGCCUAACCAAAGACAAAUUUACAUUGCAAGGAAGCAUUGGGAACCUUUUGAGCAAGAUUGAAUCGCUCGAAAGAUUUUCUUCUGAACUGAAGGCCAAUAUCGAUGCAAAUGAGUUGAUAUUGAAAGAAGCUCAUCAGCAUACACAAGUGAUGGAAAAUGUCAGACAGCAAUCAGCAGAAGCCGCGCAAACGAAGUUACGAGAAGAUAAAGUUGCUGAACUUGAAAAAGAAUUGAAGAUAAAUCGAGAUGUGAUCACAUUGAUGGACCGCAAGCUGGAAAUGAACGCAGCGAAGAAGAGUUUUGAAUUGGAAGAUUUUUACUGCGCUCCUGUCAAGAAGACUUGAGCUGACGAAUGAUACCGAUGAGAAACUCGUAAAAAAUAUUUUCAAAUCGUAA